UCAAUUUUUCGUGUAAUACUUCAAAUGAAGAAAAAUACUGAAAUAACAACAAAAUUACGAAGAAAAUUCGCUAUCAGUGGGAGGUGUUUUCCGCAAUUAGUUUUUCAUAGAUUUUCCUCUGAAAAUUAGGACCCAAACGAGAGAAUGGCCGCCACCCUGAAGCCGUAUUUGACUGCCGUGCGUCACACCCUGACGGCAGCGAUGUGUCUGACGAAUUUCUCCUCUCAGGUCGUGGAAAGGCACAACAAACCAGAGGUGGAAGUGCGAUCCAGCAAGGAACUGCUGCUGACCCCGGUAGUAAUUUCCCGUAACGAAAAGGAACGGGUCCUGAUCGAGACCAGCGUCAAUUCGGUCCGGAUUAGCAUUGCCGUGAAGCAAGCCGAUGAGAUCGAGAAGAUCCUCUGCCACAAAUUUACCCGAUUCAUGAUGAUGCGAGCGGAAAAUUUUAUAAUCCUACGGCGGAAACCGAUCGAAGGCUACGACAUCAGCUUCCUGAUCACCAACUUCCACACGGAGCAAAUGUACAAGCACAAGCUGGUCGAUUUUGUCAUUCAUUUCAUGGAGGAAAUUGACAAGGAAAUCAGUGAAAUGAAGCUGGCCGUCAAUGCGAGGGCUCGGAUCUGUUCCGAGGAGUUCCUGAAGCGGUUCUAGGUGAGGGAGGUUGUGACCUAGGAAGCGAAGCCGGAGAUGUGCAUUUAGGAAUUUGUGUAUGCCUUUCGAUUUUUUCCCAUUUCUCUUGUGUUUCUUUUUUCUAAGCUUUUAUUUCGUGUACGUAUUAAGAUAAGCCCCGAACCUAAUUAUCUUUGGAAGCACAGCUCGAUGCAAGCGGGAUAUGAGUCAUUCAUCGUUCAACGUCGUCGAGUGUGAUUUCAGCGCGCGGUUGUUGAAUAUUUUCAUUUGCCCUUCCCUUCUUCGUCGGGAGUCGUCGACUAUCGUUUGUAAUAUAAAUAAGGAAAGUUGAACACGAUUCGAUCGUUUUAAGCGCGAAAAGUAUUAAAUCAAGUUUUUUUUUACUUUUAAGAUCAUUUGCAGUUGGUGUCCGUUUUCGGAAAAGAGAGGCUGGUUUGAAGUUUGGUUUGUAACGAAGCAGGUGUAACUGAUUGGUAUCAAAUUGCCGCAGUUAAUCACAGGAGAUUAUCUUUUUGUCUAUAUCUAUUUUUGUAUUUUAUGUAUUCAGUGUCUCCCCAGGAUAAACAAAUCCUUAUCUAAUAUACUAAUCCUCUUGCCAAGACUACAGUCAACACUUUUAACGUAGCACAAAUUUCUAAAAGUGGAACUAGAUGAAAUUUUUAUAUUUAUGUUAACAUUCCAUCAAAUUUGCAUUUUUUUUUCUUCCAAGUCAAUUAUCUUAAUCUUAAUCAAAAUAACCUCUGACUCUCCUUCCGAAAACUGGCACCAUACAAAUGAAGCUGAUCCAUAACGAAAAGCCAAAUCAGAAUAGAGAUUAGGAAAAUAAGGUCCUUCGUUUUGUUUUCCAAUGUUGGAAA